AUGACGGACCAAAACGCAAACCCGGCGCUCAAAUUCCAGCGGAGUGUCGAGGAACUCACCUCGCAGAAUCCCCAUAAUGAUGACCCGCGCAACAUGCAGUUCAAUCAAAUGAACACCUGCAGCCUCCGGUAUGCGAUGUUUGCUCGAUGCGCAAAGGAGCUCGGCGAUGAAAAUACCCGCUGCAAGUACCAAUUCUAUCGGGCCCAGGUGGCGUGCCCCAUCGAGCAAAUAGAGUUGUGGGAGGACUACCGACAAAAAGGCACAUGCCACUUUGACCUGCUUCCCGAAUUCUCCACGCGACACAUGUGGCAGUAG